AUCGUAUAAAGUAUGGUUUAGCAGAAUACUCCCGCGCGACUUCGGUUACUCGGUUACGGCGUCAGUCGCUGUUGAACCAUCGUAACGUGAACAACUGCGACGAGAUUCAAAACACAUAAACAAAAAUGGCCAACUUUACAAGGCUUUCAAUCAUAAAGUUCAUUGAACUUAUCUUGGUAUGUAUCCUUAUCGGAUUGCAUUACCAUUCCUUUAAUGGGGGGAAUCAGCAUACAGCGAUGAUCACAAUGGGUACCUUUGGUGGAUACCUCAUUAUUCUAGUCGGCUUAUUUGCUGGCAAUAUAAUGGGUACUCCAGUUAACCGUCGUGUGGAUCUUUUCUUCUCAUUGGUUGGUUGCGUAUUAUUCAUAAUUACUGGCGCCUUGAAUAUCCAAUACUUCGAUGAACUUGCAUAUAAAUCCUCUUUUCGUGACAUAGGCUUAACAAAAGGAUCCAUUAGUAUCAUUCAAGGUGCACUUUUCCUCAUCGAUUCUUUCCUCACGUUUAGAGGGGAAGCUUAACAAACAAAAAACAUUUUUCAACGCUAUCGAGGGACUACAUAGUCGGCAUUCGAUGAUGUUAAUAAACGCAGGCAUAUUUCGUUUAUAAUCAAGAAGUGUUAUCGAUGUUACAUAUACUGCCAAAGACAGCUGACACUCUCUCUUUUUUUAUUUUAUACAUAUAUAUGUAUGUGCGUAUAUGUAUGUGUGUGUGUAUAUAUAUAUAUAAAUAUACAUAUAUAUAUAUAAAACAUACAUAUUAAAAUAUCCACGUUUCAUAAGAAAACGUCGAAAAACGAAGAUACGCUUAUUAAAUAAAAUAAAAUAAAUCAAAUAUUAUUAAAUCAAAUAAAAAUAGACUGGAGGCCGGACGAAAAGUAUUAAGAGUACAAAAAGGAUAAAGCCCAUUUAGUUUUGCUAUUAUUGAUUAUUAAACUUUGCUUACCUCGUGAAAAUCGAUAUAUUACAAAGAUAUUGAAUUAUUAUAUAACAUGUAACAUCUCUAUAAAAAAAAAUGCAAAAUUAAUACCAAUUUAUACACUUUAUGACAAUCUACAGUACACUUUUUAUAGAAAUAGGAAUUUAUAUUAUAAUAUUUGUAAGAACGUAUUUUCACACAAAGUUCAUGAGCGUUGGUCCCUUUUUAAAAUAAAUUUAGCUGAUAAAAAAUAACUCCUUGUUGUCACAAAUUACACGUUCGAUAAGAGAUACACCGUUCACAUUCUACGACACUUACGUCGUUUUACAAAAAUUAUCCAUAAUUUUUAUACGUGUGUUAUUAUUACUCAUAUAAUAAAUCAUAUAUGUAUGUUAGCAA